CAACGAAGUUACUAAAUCGUGAAGACUCGGCGGUGGCGCUAAUACCUCUCUGACUUACGUUGCAAACAACUAAAUCCUUCAUGAAGGCAGCAGUUAAAACUCUCCUUGGUAGUGUACGAUCGCAGGUCAAAUCCCGUUUUUAUGUGGAUUUUCCCUCUAUCUCAGACGGCUGUGAUGAGCGCACUUUGCUUUAUCGUCAUCGAAAGCAACGUGGUGUCAACAUAGGUUCUUGGUUUGUGCUCGAACGAUGGAUCACUGAGCAGCCCUUCCGAUGUGCUGCGCCUCCUUGUCAGAGUGACCUGGACGUUGCAAGGGGUGCGCACGCUAACGAAAUCCUUGAGCAUCACUGGGACUCGUGGGUAUCAGCCACGGAUUUUGAGUGGUUGUCCGCUAUGGGUAUCAAUACCGUGCGGAUCCCAAUUGGCUAUUAUCAUUUAUGCGGCGUGGACCCCUCUAUUCUGCGCGGUACUGACUUUGACGGCUUGGAAUCCAUUUUUGGAGGCGCAUGGUCUCGUAUCGUUAAAGCAAUCGAGACGGCGGAUCGAUACCAAAUUGGUGUUCUUUUUGAUCUCCACGCUGCUCCAGGAAAGCAAAAUCAGGAUUCACAUUCUGGGACGUCUUCGCCUACUAUAUCGUUCUUCCAGAUGCAAUUUAAUCUCCAACUCACGGUCCGCAUUCUUCGUAUCUUAGUAUCAAGUCUCCGUUCCUUGCGCUUCGUUCAUCGCCCCCCACUUCCAAAUGUAAUCGGAGUCGAACUUUUGAACGAACCCAAACCACCGUAUCCCGCGGCUCUGCAGGCAUGGUAUAAGAAUGCCAUAGAGGAAGUUCGGCGCCUGGAUCCCAGCCUCCCUUUGUUCAUAUCCGACUGUUGGAUGCCUGACGCAUACGCUGACUUUGUUAAAAUGCUUCCGCCUACCGCGCCGCCAAUUUGUCUAGACCACCACCUCUAUCGUUGCUUCACGUCGGAGGACGUCUCGACGGCUGCGGCACAACACUCUACAUCUCUAUCAAACCCCAAUGCUCCCACACCUCAAACCUUUGCGCGUGUCGCCAGUAAACUCGAAGACGCUGGCGGAGCCUUAGUCGUUGGCGAGUGGUCUGGGGCGCUGAACCUGGGCUCUCUUGUAGGCGCAGCUGACGAACGACGUGAACGAGCGCAGUUCAUCCAAGCUCAGUUGGAUCUCUUUGAGCGGCAUUGUGCGGGAUGGUUCUUCUGGACGUACAAGAAGGAAUUUCCGGGAGAUUCAGGAUGGUCAUUUAGGGAUGCCGUUGACACAGGUGUAUUUCCUUGUCGAGUUGGAUUGUUCCCUGUCAAGUCUAUCCCACGUGACCACACCGAGUGGGCUGAGAGAAAGGUGAUUUCAUGUAGUUGUGCAGCAGCGCGGCACAUGUCCUAUUGGGCGCAGUAUCCGGGACGCUAUGAACAUUGGCGAUUCGAGAAGGGAUACGACCAAGGUUGGGUGGAUGCUUAUUAUUUCUUGACGUCUGGCGCUUUUGAGCAUGGAGCUGUGAGUGAGCUUGGACUGAAAGGGAUUUGGAAAAGGAAGAGGGUGCAUGAGCACGCACUGCGAGCAGGUCACAGUAACAAUUUAUGGGAGUAUGAACACGGCUACCAGCAAGGGGUGGAGGAAGCUGCCGUUGAUUUCCAGAGAGCAUACUGUUAAUUCUGGGGGACGGCACGUUCUGGACUUGUCGUGCGUUCGCUGGGAUGGUAGCGCAAAUUUAUGUCGGACCACAUAUAACAUACACGCACCUAUACUUUUUGUGUCCAGUUACCACAGUGAAGAGUGAAAGCGACUUUGGUAUGUGCAGGUCCGAGAACAAGAAUGGGGACGGGGG